AUGUCGCAAUUUGAACAGAAAGAUGAUAUUAAUUCCCAACACAACAAUGACAAUUGCAUGCACUACUUAAGUAACGCGAAUUCUCCACCACCUAACGAUGAUGAUCCUGUCGUAAUUGAAUCAAAAUCCCACUUCUACAACUAUGCCACCAUACAAACUGUCAGUGUCUGGAAGUGUGAAUUCAGUCCAUCUAUUCGGGAGAGCUUUAGAGCCUUCAAUCAGACCCUCUACUAUUGGAUAGAUAAAUAUGUGUAUCAGCGUAGUGUCGGGCCGUGGUUCCUUCGAUCCGUUUCUACACUCCUGAUCAACUCACUUUGGUACGGUGUUCAACCCGUCUAUUUUGUUGCUCAUUUAACUCUUCCACUUAUUGCACUUGCUGAAGAUGGAAUAGCCACCGUGGUAGCAUUUUUUAGACUUUCUCUUCCUCCUGGUGGACUGGCUUUCAUUCGGUGGUUUUUCCAAAUGCGUUCUAUUGACUAUCUAGCAGCUGGUUGGAUACUUCUAUCCUUUCAAGAAGCCUAUGAAUUGUGGUCUUCUUUUGGAUUCUUUGUCCAAGUGAUAGGUGUUGUACUGGGAAUCGCUCAUUUCACGAUGGUAAGAUUUGUCUCCGAUUUCGAGAGAUGGACGGUAGAGAAUCCUGGAGCGGAUGUUGCUGAAGCAACCGCCAGGAAUUUGAGUUCCACUGGAAAAGCUUGGGAAUCGCCUGUCGUCGAUGGCUAUGUCUAA